CAACUUCAACUUACAUUGAUUCCAUUUUUCGUAUGCUGCGCAGCACAUGGCGGAUUUAUGGAUGAUGUUUGAAAACAUUGUUGUUCUGUGUAUUCAUUAACUUUUAAAUUUUUAUUCUAAGAAGUUUUUCAUCAAAAUGAAAAUAGAAGAAGUAAGAAGUACUACCAAAGCCCAGCGCGUUGCUGCACACAGUCAUGUUAAAGGAUUGGGUCUUGAUGACAAUGGGUUUGCGAUUGAUAUUGCUGCCGGUCUUGUUGGUCAGAAAGCAGCACGUGAGGCUGGUGGAAUUAUUGUUGAUUUAAUCAAUUCCAAAAGAAUGGCAGGAAGAGCUCUUUUAAUGGCAGGGCCACCUGGAACUGGAAAGACUGCAAUUGCUCUUGCUAUUGCACAAGAAUUGGGCAACAAAGUUCCAUUUUGUCCAAUGGUUGGAAGUGAAGUUUAUUCUUCUGAAAUCAAGAAGACUGAAGUUUUGAUGGAAAAUUUUAGACGAGCUAUUGGUCUAAGAAUCAAGGAAGUAAAGGAAAUCUAUGAAGGUGAAGUGACAGAAAUCACACCUGUAGAAAGUGAAAAUCCCAUGGGAGGUUAUGGUAAGACAACAACCCAUGUAGCAGUUGGACUAAAGACAGCCAAAGGUUUAAAGAAACUAAAAUUAGAUCCUACUAUUUUUGAAAGUAUUCAAAAAGAAAAGGUUACCAUAGGUGAUGUAAUUUAUAUAGAAGCUAACAGUGGUGCUGUUAAGAGACAAGGCAGAUGUGACAAUUAUGCUACUGAAUUUGACCUAGAAGCUGAAGAAUAUGUUCCUUUACCUAAAGGAGAUGUUCAUAAAAAGAAAGAAAUAGUUCAGGAUGUCACCCUUCAUGAUUUAGAUGUUGCUAAUGCGAAGCCUCAAGGUGGUCAAGACAUUCUCUCAAUCAUGAGCAUGUUAAUCAAGCCUAAGAAAACAGAAAUUACUGACAAACUCAGAAAAGAAAUCAACAAAGUUGUGAACAAAUAUAUAGAUCAAGGAAUAGCUGAGCUUGUGCCUGGAGUUCUUUUUAUUGAUGAAGUUCACAUGCUGGAUAUUGAGUGCUUCACUUAUUUACAUAGAGCCUUAGAGUCUUCCAUUGCACCCAUAGUCAUAUUUGCAACUAAUAGAGGGAGAUGCCCAAUUAGAGGUGCUGAAGAUAUUGUUUCCCCUCAUGGAAUCCCAGUGGAUUUGUUGGAUCGUCUCUUGAUAAUCCGAACUUUGCCUUAUUCUAGUGCUGAAAUGAUUCAAAUUUUAAAAAUUCGUGCAACUGUUGAAGGAAUAAACAUUGAUGAAGAAUCACUUUUAGCCUUGGGAGAAAUUGGAGUGAAGACAACAUUAAGGUAUGCUGUGCAGCUGAUGAGUCCUGCAAGUUUGCUUGCUAAAGUGAGUGGUCGUACUUCAGUUAAAAAGCAAGAUAUUGAAGAGAUCUGUGGAUUGUUCCGUGAUGCCAAGUCUUCUGCAAAAUUGUUAUUGGAACAAAGUGAUAAAUAUUUGAAAUGAACUGAAUAAUUAUUUUUCAUCAUUGUAUUGAUAUGUCGUAUUCAUGUCCUACUAACCUAAACUCAUUGUUUCAUUGUGAAGACUUAUAGUUCCCAUUAAAAUGCAUUCAACAUUUUUCUGUUGGCUGCCAUCUUGAUUA